AAAAAAACUGCCAUGAAUUUUUCUUGACAGUUUCGCUUAUGACACCAACCAAAUACAAUCUUAAAAUACGGUAAUCCGAAAAUUUUUGUGUGCAAAAAUCCAAACCAUGGACUCGGGCUGUGUCUGUUAAUCUCUUUGCAAAUAAAUAAAUCUCUAUUUCUUAUUCGAACUUAAAAGAAUAGAAAUAUUUUACAACACACAAAUAUAAAACGUAGCUUCAUCGAAAUGGAUAUAUUUUAUAGAAAUCUCAGCGAAAGUCUCGAAAUUCCUAUACAAAAAGUGUGACAGAAAAAUAGUAAUUUGUUUAUAAAUCGAUUUUAUUUGCAAAUUGUGAAUAUUUCCAAUAGAAUUAUUAUGAUGCGUCAAAAGUGCGCCUCAAGUGUUAUCUCCUACAUUGUUUAAUUUUGUCCUCAAAGCAAUGUUGAGUCAAUUAAAUUGAAGAAAGAAAAAAAUAUAAAAAUCGAUACUUAUUUAACAUUCUCCCCCCUUCUAUUUCUACUUGUUUAUUGUCAAAACUUUUCUGCCCACUUUCUGAAGCUACUUAAUGCAAAAUUUGCAAAAACUAAAAACCCGAAGAAAAAUAAUGUCACGGCGAGCGAAUUUAAUCGGAAUAUGCGGGGUCAGCAGCCUCUGCAUUUUGUUGCUGAUAGCUACGACCCAGCACCGUCCGCUUCCGGCAACGGAUCACCAACUCACGACCAUGACGGAGACCUACAAUCAAUCCGUUACCAUGGCCGAUGUGUUUGCCAACCAGAGGUCGAAAAUCGCCACCGAGAUGGAGAACUUUGAGUAUCCGUCCGGGCGAUUUGGUGUCGAUGCCGAGAAACUGUCGGAUCUAGCUCCAGAAAUGGGGGGUCAGCCAGUUCGAAGUGUUGUCAUCACAACUUGGCGUUCGGGGUCGACUUUUCUUGGUGACAUUCUUAAUGCCAUGCCAGGGAAUUUCUAUCAUUAUGAACCAUUGUUGAAUUUCGAUAUUCGAAGGAUUCGUGGUCCGCCGGAUGAGAAAAAGGCAAUUGCAAUGCUUAAAAAUCUUUUGCAUUGUGAUUAUAGUGAUAUGGGAGAGUAUUUAGAAUAUGGGAAGGAGCAUAAGUAUUUGUUUGAACAUAAUGAACGGCUGUGGGCCCAAUGCAAGGAAUAUCCACAGUUUUGCUGGAAGGGGAAGUUCCUAACACCUUUUUGUAAACUAUUUCCUCUGCAGAGUAUGAAAGUGGUGAGGUUGCGGUUGGCUCUAGCUGAACAGUUGCUCGAGGAUAAAAGCCUUAAUGUCCGAUUACUCUUGCUGGUACGUGACCCACGUGGUACAAUGCAAUCACGGAAACAUCGCCUCUGGUGCCCUGGUAAUCCCGACUGCGACGAAGCUUCGAACUUGUGCAAUGACCUUAUAGAUGACUACAAAGCCGCAGAGGUGCUCAUAAAAAAAUAUCCGUCCCGAUUUAGAACACUAAGAUACGAAGAUUUAUCGGUGAAUCCAUACGAAGUGACACUAGAAAUAUUGCAAUACUUUGGGCUACCGUUUGAUCCAAUGGUAGAAGAAUUUUUAGAUACACAUACUAAACUUAAUAUUGGCGGUGUAAGUUCCACAUUUAGAGAUUCGAAGUCAGCCCCAUUUCAUUGGAAGAAUGAUUUAUCAAUCGAAGAGAUUGAAAAUAUUCAAGAAACCUGCACAAAAGCGAUGGAGUUAUGGGGCUAUCGCCAAGUAGAUACAACUGUAGAGUUUACAAAAUCCUUUGAUCCAUUAAUACUUCCGGCACCGUUUUCGUGAGGCGUUUUAAUUUAUUUUAUUUUUGUGAUAUUCCAAGUGAUUAUAGAAAAAAAAGAAAGAACAAUUUUACUAAUAACAACGCGCGUUAAACCAAGCAAUUUAUUUUUAAGAUAAAAAAAAACAAAAGCAAAUGAAUCCAGAACAAAUAAAAAAAAACUUUAAGUAGAAACCCUCGAAGGAAUAAUAUCGAAUCGAAUUCAAUAUAAAAACAAAAACAUAAUUGCAGUUCUCACAUUCACAAGAAGUGGCAAUAGAUAAAAUUGUAUUACUUAAAUAAAAUAUCGUUAAAUGAAUACCUACUAUAGAGAAUAGUUUGAAAUAGUUUAAAAAUCAAGGUAAGAUAUUAAAAAUAUAUAACUAAAGGUAGUUCAAUAAGCAUAGUUAUAAAAAUCAGUAAAACGUUUGUUAUUUCUUUUUAAUUAUAAGCAAUUGCAUGUAAAGUGUAGUUAUAUAGGCGAAUUAUAAAAUUUAUUAAAUUAAUAAAUUAUAAAACAAAAAAAAAAAAUAAAAUGAAACAAAACAAUAUCAACCAAUGCACGUGCCUAAGAAACUCAAAACUAAAAAAAAUAUUAAAACAAAACACUAACACUACACUACACAAUGUUAUAUGAAACUAUAAAGUAUUGUUAAGAGGUAACGAUGUGUAUGAAAAUUAAAAACAUUUUGAAAUAGUUAUAAAUCGAACUAAAACAAAAAUCUUAUAAUAAUCAAAGUUUUAAGCUGAACUCUUGCGAGAAAAAGUCAAAAAUCACUAUAAACUAGGCUGUUUUACAAAUUUCUAAACUUCUGCUUGGCCUGCGUUGGUGAGUAGGCGUUGCAAAAAAAAAAUCGCUUAAAUUUUAAGAAAAUUAAUUUUUUAACUUGAUCGAACAACUUACGAGUCUAUAGAAAGCUCAGAAUACAUAAAUGAAGGUAAAUGCAUUACAUGACUAGGAAUACAUAAUUAUAAAUUAUAUAGUUUAUCAAAUUGGAUUUGAGGCACAACAGAGACUUAAGUUUUGUUACUCUUUUGCAGAACAACACUAAGUUGCGCCCAUAUUAUGUCGAACAACAGUUUUUUUUUUAAUUGUUGGCCAGCAUGCUACUCGUCACUAUCAGUUAAGGGUGGACGCGUUUCUUGUUGAAUGUCAGUAAAAUGUUAUUUUUGAAUUCAACUGCCACUUCCAUUUCAACAAGCUGGAAUAUUUGCAACAUUUUUUGAUCUUUAUCGAUUUCAAUCGGGUUGUGUUUGGGUCAACAAAAUUUGAGCAGGUCUUUUGAGUAACACGUCCCCAUUCACUUCACUUUCUUGACCAAGUUUGUUGAUUUAGAGGUCGUAUAAAUUUACCUGAUAUGAAAGUGUCUAAGAAUUACAGACUAUUAUCCACGAAUUCUCUUGGCACUUGAAAUCAAAAUGCUUCUUCGAUAAAUCUCAUUUCAUGUUAAAGACAAACUCAAAAUUUUAAACAAAAGAUUAUUUCAAAGUUAUCUACAUAAAUAUUUUAUAAAAUUGAUACUCCUAAAUGCUAUUGACGUCACAUUUUUGAGAUAACAAUACGAAGAAAUACACCUCAUUUGUUAAGUUAAUCAACAAAAUAAAACCACUAUCUUCUACUAUUUAUUUCCAAAUAAAUUUGAUUAUUCUCAGAAUACCAAACCAAUUUUUGAUUCACGAAUACGAACAAAAUUACUGUUGAAAUUCCCAAUGCUAUGAUGCAUUCAACAUUAUACAAACCUAAUCAACAGAUAUUAAAAAAAUUUAAUUUUAAGUAGGUAGGUACUGCAAACACUAUAACUAAAUAGUAUACCAUAUUUACAACAAAAAAAAAAAACAACGAACAGUUUGAAGAAACAAUAUAAAGUAGAUAA